GAUUAAAACCGAAUGUUUCGUCCAUAUUGCCUCGCCCAUAUUCCUCAUGUAGCCCAGCAAAUAGUUUGACGUAUGCCUUCAGCAUUUCUUUCACGAAUCUUUGGCAAAAAGUCCGAGCCCAUACAUCCCAGUCCUACUGAUUCAAACAUCCCAACACGCACCACUGUCAAAUCCAGCACCACUAUUGUCUUGCGGCGCUCAAACAGUUGGGCUGACACGCGAAAGGGCCCCGCACAAACGGCUUUGCGUAGGUCCCACAGCCUAACAGACGACGACACCCGCCGUCAGACAUGGCGGUCCUCAUUGUUCAAAGGGAAGCGACAAAAGAAAGGUUGGCGGUUGGAUGGAUUCCUGCCAACUUGGAAAAAAAAACAACCCGCCCUGGCCAAUGAAGCGUUACAAGUCCCACAAAUAUACUUGUCGUAUCAUGCUGCCGUCGACAAAACUGGGCCGUAUGGUGCGCCAGUAUGGUUAGAGGAGUUCGAUACAGCUGAUGCUUUGCCCAAGGAUCCCGCUGACAUUUUUGUGACAAGCGGUCAUCUAUCUCGUCGACGAACGGUUCAUUUCGGUCAUGAGGAAGUCGCGACCAGGAACGAACGAAUGUAUGAUCCCCUCCCACCGACCUACAGAUAUACUAGUUUCUCUGACAGUGCCCUGAACCGGGGUUCUCCUGUCGGCUCGGCGGAUGGCAAAGGACUCAUGUAUCACUCAGACUUUCACAUUUCCCACUUCCAUAUACCCCGCGAAGCGGUAGCGGCUUCCGUCGAAGGUUCUGAGAUUGAACCCGACACAGUAAGCCUAGCAGACACGCUCAUCUCAAACCAAGCUUGUGUGGGAAGGGAUUGCGACCCCGUCUAUCUAUUUCAACGUCGCUCUUGGGCAUUGGUUUCAAAUCUCCAUGGAGUGGGCGACGAAAUCAGAGAACUGUAUGCAGAUGUGAUGGGCUCGAGCAUGGACUUUGGUAAAAUUGUGGAGAAAUGGUGUUAGCAAUAUGAUAGCCAUCGGAUAUCCUUGUUCAAAUGUCAGUUGGUCUUUAGUUUAGUACAUAAGUAUAUUUCUGUUCCGGGUGUCAUCGCUCAUGACGUUGCCAAA